AUGUUCUCGCUUACCCGCUGUCGAAGAGCAUCAGCGCCCCGCGUUGGAGAGCGCAUGCGCUUCGCUGAACUACCUGAUGACAUCCUCAUCCUCAUUCUCUCAGCAUGCCAUGUCGACGAUCUCCUUACUCUGCGACAGACAAGCAGGAGGGCGAGAAGCCUCAUCUCAGAAUACACCAACACAAUCGCGCCGUCCGUUGCACGCACUACAUUCCCUCAAAAUCACAAUCUGCUGGCUCACAGACCUCUGCGGUAUACAGUUCAAUGGCUUGAAGACCUGAUACCACGGCAACUCGCUGCAAUCCUAGUGGACCGUCACCGCAUCGCACACGACUUCACACAACAACGUUAUGGAAUCCCCGCCGAGGACACCUACGGCGAUGAACUUCGAGCUCGGAUCGCAAACGGCUGGCGCGUCUUGCGCAGACUAGCAGAUAUAGCUAAGACGGUUCACAGUUCAAGUGCGCCAGACACAUGGUGGCCUGCCAGCGAAUUCAGCCUCCGACUGAUGUGUCCUUCGCGCAAACUCGAACAAAGUCGACAGAAAGAAGACGCGAUCCUCAAGCGGCGACUGGCGUAUAUCGAAUCGAUACCACUUCAAGACGCGAAGGACUACAAACUCAUGUUCAUGCUCCUGUCGUCGUCGUUCAGAACGUCGAUAUCAAACAUUGGCGAGGAUCACAAGCCCUGGGUGUUCGACUGGGGCAGCGGCAUCGAUGGACAAAGGCUGUUUCGCAAGGGCAAUUCUUGGCUAUCAUGGUUCGUUCUGGCCGAAGGUCCCGACCUCUUCUGGAAACAGUGGUGGACCCUGCCACACAACUCUCCGAGCGCAAGGCAUUACAUCCGCGAUCGCGCCGUCGACGUGUGGGCAAGGACUCCUCGCAGGCUGGCAGAUCACCAGCGAGAUCAUGCCCGCAAGAUCCAAGAGGCUGUUAACAACAGCGCCGACGUGUGUACAGAUUUUGUCUCUGUCAACCCAAUACCGUAUUUCACGCAGUAUGCGGAAUGUCGACUAGCGAGAUGGAAGGGUGGCAUGCUACCAGCGAAGGAGACAAUGUCCCAUGUGCCAUUUCACGUCGAGUUUCGCUGUCCCGAAGAGUUGGUGCAGCAGCACAAGUUGUUUUUGCAAGGAAAGCAAGCUGCAAACACCAAACAUGUCGAGGCAAGAGGAUGA